AUGGAGGGCCGCGCAACUGGCGGCUCGCAGCGGCCCAGCGCCACGGCCGGGAGCUCAGCUUGUGCAGCCAUUGACGAUCUGGCCAGCUGCAACCCCCGCAUUUGGAAUGGCCAGCUGCGAGCCGGGAUUAGAUCACCUAAUCCAGCCCAGCCCCUUGGCCUCGCAUGCUCCCGGCUGAGCUGCGACCGACACCGGCCACAAGCCGGCUCGACAACCGUGCUAUCCUCGACUAACCUUAGCCUGCACUCACAUAAGCCAUCGCGCCUCGGAAUCAUCACCGCCAACUUCGUCCUGUUUCUCCCUACUUCAAGACUACUUCAAGACUCGGAAGCAUCCCUACGCGCAACCUCGCCCGGAGUUGCCCAAUUCAUCAUCCACCCGCUCCUGACCUCCUUUGUCCACCUCUGA